AUUUAUUUUCUUCCCCCACUCCAUCUUGGAGAAGAAGAACAAGGAGGAGAAGGCAAAAGAAGGCCGACGCGCUCGCCGCUGCUACCGAAAUCGGCCAGACCAGGUCUGCACGCAGCGGUCAUGGAAGAGGCCCUACGGCGUGGGCCUCCUCGUUGCCGGACUGGACGAGUCAGGAGCCCACCUGUACUACAACUGCCCCAGCGGGAACUACUUCGAGUACCAGGCGUUCGCCAUCGGCUCCCGCUCCCAAGCCGCCAAGACGUUCCUGGAACGCAGGUUCCAGGGGUACGACGACUACACCCCGGAGCAGCUCGUCAGGGACGCCCUCUCCGCCGUGAAGGAGACGCUGCAGGGCGAGAAGCUGUCCGGAUCCAACUGCACCGUGGCCAUCGUCGGCAGGAAGGACGACGGCACCGUCGAGCCGUUCGAGGUGAUCGGCGCGGCGAGGGUCCAGGAACUUAUCGACUCCAUGGAGAUGGAGGUCGCCGAGCAGGCACCGCCUCUGGAGGCUGCUGCUGCUAGCUCCUCCAUGCAGGAGGAGGGGGAGAGGGGCUCGGAUGACGCUGCUGCACCCAUGGACAUCUAGAGGGCUGGGAUAGGGGGAGACUCAUAUGAAACCCGUACACUGCAUUCCGAGUUCCAAAAGACUAAGACCACUUCUUUAAAAAAAAG